UAUUGAUGUAUUCACUGCUGUCACAAUUUCCAAGGAAUCGUUCCACCUUAGUCAACAAACAGUAGCCAUGGGCCUUGUCUUUAUUCUCUUGUUUCUUCUCCUUGUUACUACCGUGGAUGCAGAUUGCCAGAAUGGUGUGUUGGCAUGUCUCAGAACGUUCCAAUCUAAUGUAGAAGCCCAUGGGUCAGACAGAACAAAACUUUGCCAAGAUAUUGACCAGUACAUACAGUGUUUUUUUAGUCAAGGAUGUCCUGUAAGUGAAUCCGACAAACAAAAGUUAAUUUACGAACAAAGCGCCCAAGUUGAAAGAUUGAAUUGUCCCUUCAAGUUUAGUGAUCUUAUAUACCGCUACGGGAAUGGAUCAUCUCUUAUAUCCACGAUGGCUCCAACAGAUAAUCAGCUAAAGUGUAAGAAUUUGGUUGAUUUAUGCACUGAAGACUUGAAGCAAAGUAUACAGAGACAUACUGGGAAUUUUAAGCUUCUUUGUGAAGAUAUUGAAAUCUACAUUCAUUGUGCGUUCAAUAAAAACUGCAAAAUAAGUGAGGCUGAAAAGGAUUUGAUUAUUGAAGGUUUUGGCUCUCAAAUAGACUCGUACGGCUGCCCCUUUAAAUGGAAGGAUCUAAUUAAUAGCAAUUAUUAUAACAACAACAAUACUGCAUCUCAAGCAACCUGGAAGUCUGGAUCGCUCAUGAUUGUCCUAUUUGCUGUACUACUAAUGCUCUUAUAAUAAACUUCUUCUAAACGAUAAGGAAAUAAUGGGAAAGAAAUGUUUCUAAAACUAUAUUUUUAUAAUUUAGCUGCUAAACCUGUUUUGAAGCAAUCACAAUGGACUAGAUUAAAUUAAGAGUAAUGAUUUGUAAAAGACAUAAAAUAUGUAGAUAAUAUAAAUUAAUAAAGUUUCUAAAACUA